AUGUGUCUAAACAAUAUCUUGCCAAUUCUCUGUUUUCUCCUAGCCGUUAGCUUCGGCUACGUGUCUGCAGAACCAAGCUGUGGAGACUCUAUGUUUUUCCCACCAAACGGUACUUACGAUACAAACCGUCGUCUCCUUCUCUCAACUCUUGCUUCCAACGUCAGUUCUCAAGGAGGAGUCUACAACGCCUCAAUUGGUGAAGGCUCUGGAAAGAUAUAUGCUUUAGGCCUCUGUAUCCCAGGGACUGAUCCGAAGGUCUGUUCCGAUUGUAUCCAACCAGCGUCCGAAGGUUUGUUACUAAGCUGUCCGAACCAGACCGACUCAUGGGACUGGAGAGCAGACAAGACGCUCUGUUUCGUUCGUUACUCCAACAGCUCGUUUUUUGACCGGCUCAGUCUAGAGCCGACACAAGCAGAGACAAAUACUGGAAGGUUCCAGGGGAACAUUACAGGUUAUACGAGAGUAUGGGAAGCUCUCAUGGAUUUUAUGAUCAUCCGAGUCGGACAAUCUCCAUCUCGACACAUUGCCGAUACAUCCCCACGGAUAGGUGGUGAUGAUGGUGAUCAGGUGUACGCUCUGAUGCAGUGUAUUCCGGGUUUAUCCUCUGAGGAAUGUGAAACCUGUGUUCGAGAAAAUGUGCGAGAGUACCGGAGUUGCUGCAAUGGGUACAGAGGUGGAAGCGUUCGCAAGCCGGUCUGCUUUUUCCGGUGGGAUGGAUAUCCAUAUCUUGGUGCCUUUGGUGACACGCCAUCUCUACCUCCUCAAGAAUCACAACCCACACCACUUCCUCCUCCUCCUCUUUCGGAUGGAAAAGUGAUUUCUACUGGAGCUAUUGCUGGCAUUGUUGUUUCUGCGGUUUUUCUUGUGGCGCUGCUUGCUUUAGGGUUAGUUGCUUGGAAGAGAAGUAAAUCAUACAAAACAUUGAAACCUCAAACUGAUGAUGACAUGACAAGUCCACAGUCUCUGCAAUUUGAUUUUAUGACAAUUGAAGCGGCAACAGAUAGAUUUUCGAUGACUAACAAGCUAGGUCAAGGGGGAUUUGGUGCAGUUUACAAGGGAAUGUUACCAAAUGAAACAGAAAUUGCAGUUAAGCGCCUAUCAAGAAACUCAGGACAAGGUACACAAGAGUUCAAGAACGAGGUUGUGAUUGUGGCCAAGCUUCAGCACAAGAAUCUUGUAAGGCUUCUUGGGUUUUGUGUGGAAGGAGAUGAACAAAUACUUGUCUACGAGUUUGUUCCCAACAAAAGCCUUGACUAUUUCCUCUUUGAUCCGACAAAGAAGAGUCAGCUAGAUUGGAAUAGACGUUACAACAUCAUAGGAGGGAUUACGCGAGGGAUUCUUUAUCUGCAUCAAGAUUCAAGGCUCACAAUCAUACACCGUGACAUCAAAGCAAGUAAUAUUCUUUUAGAUGCUGAUAUGAACCCAAAAAUAGCUGAUUUCGGAAUGGCUAGGAAUUUUAGAGUGGACCAAACUGAAGACAAUACAAGAAGAGUGGUUGGAACAUUUGGCUACAUGCCUCCAGAGUAUGUGACGCAUGGCCAAUUUUCCACUAAAUCUGAUGUCUACAGCUUUGGAGUACUGAUUUUAGAGAUUGUUUGUGGCAAGAAGAAUAGUAGCUUCUACCAAAUGGACGAUUCUGGUGGCAAUUUGGUUACACAUGUAUGGAGGCUUUGGAACAAUGAUUCACCCUUAGAACUCAUCGACCCCGUGAUCGGCGAAAGCUAUGAGAAGGAUGAAGUCAUUAGAUGCAUCCAUAUCGGACUAUUAUGUGUUCAAGAAACUCCUGCAGAUCGUCCAGAGAUGUCUACAAUCUUUCAAAUGCUUACCAAUAGCUCCAUUAUUCUACCUGUACCUCAACCACCUGGAUUUUUCUUCAGGAAUAGACCCAAUCAAAACCCUUUAACCUUCGGAUCCGAGCAGGGACAAUCAAGCACCAAGUCUAUUCCUUGUUCUGUAGACAAGGAAUCAAUAACAAUAGUCACCCCUCGUUAA